UAGUUCGCUUGGGCUGGGCUGGGCUGGGCUUCAAUGGGCCGUAACUGGGCCGGGUAAUGGGGCGAUUAGCCUUAAACCGCAGGAGGAAAUGACUUGAUGAAGAGAGCAAAGCGAGCAGCACGGAAUCCGAUCUGCCAGGAUGAACGGCGGCGGGGGCGGCGGCCGGAAGGCGGCGGGGCCCGGCGGCGAGGAGGCGGAGGUGGAGGCGCUGCUCCGGGCGGCGCAGGACGCGGUGCUGCUGAUGCUGCAGGCUAACUCCCACCUCGUCUCCUCCUCCGCCUCCGCAUCCGCGUCCGCCCCCGGCCCGAUCGCUCCUCUCGACGACGCCGCGGCGGCGGCGCCCGAUCCCCUGGAGGACGACCUCGCCCGCCGCUUCGACGCGCUCAAGUCCCGCGCGGCGGCGCCGAAGCCGGGCGGAGGUGGAGCUGUUGCUCCUGCUGGUGCUAGCGGGAUGGACGAGCUGGAGGCGCGGUUCGCGGCGCUGAAGGGGGCGGCGGGGCCGGAGAAGGAGGCGAGGGUGAGGCUGGAGGACCUGGGAGGGGAGUCGUCGGAGGACGAGGUGGACAAGGUGAUGCGGUGGGCCAUGGACGCCGCGCGGCUCGACGUCGCCACGGCGGUCGCCGGCGCCGCCGGCGUCAAGGCCAAGCGCGCCGAGGCGGAGGAAGAAGGAGAAGACAAGGAUGAUGAUAAGAGCAGCGUGAGUAGCGAGGACGACGACGACGACGAGAGGCUGCAGCUGGAGAUGGCGAGGAAGAGGAAGGAGAUGGCCAAGAGCAAGACCAAGAGCAAGUGGUUCUUCCUGUGACAUCCCAAGAACAGACUAGCAGAAAGAUCAUGUAUUUCUAUCUGAGAUUCCUCUCCGUGAUUUGUAAUUGUUGUUGCAAGAUUCCAUUUUGAUAUUUGAAUCCUGAUGAACAUGAUCACAAGACACUUUCAAAAAAAAUGCAAAUGAACAAUAAUUCAGCAA